UAGUUCAAAAGGCAAGAGUCCGACCAUCAAAACCACACUCUCUCACGUCUCUUCCAGCGGCCAGCAGUCCUUCUUGCCUCUCAGCCAACCUCUGUUUACCUCUGUUAACCUCCAGUGAAAGUAAUGGCCACCACAACCGUCCGCCGAGCACCUUUCGGAGACAUUUCCAACCAGGAGAACUGCGCGGGAAGCCCGAGGGCGGCCAAGAAGCCGCGAGUGGAAGAGCCACCGGCUCUCCACCAACCUGUCCGUCACACUAACUCCCAGGAGGAAAAAGAGACGACCAACCUGCUUGCCGAGCAGAUGGAGGUCGGGUCACCGAGGGAAGAAGAGGCGGCGAGGCUAAUGAGAGAGCUGGAGAAGGACGAGCCGCUUCUUCAAGAGAACCCGCGCCGCUUCGUCAUGUUCCCCAUCCAGUACUCGGACAUCUGGGAGUUCUACAAGAAGGCAGUCGUUGGCGCCAAAUUCGCGCCAAAAGUCCGUAUGAAUAAUUUACCCUGCGGGAUACCUAUGUAUACGUCUCCUCGUGUGUGUCGCUACAGCGUCGUUCUGGACGACGGAGGAGGUGGACCUGUCGAAGGACAUGUCGACUGGGAGCGACUCAAGCCUCAGGAGCAGCACUUCAUCAAACACGUCCUCGCCUUCUUCGCCGCCAGCGACGGCAUUGUGAACGAGAACUUGGUGGAGCGGUUCAGUUCAGAAGUGCAGGUGACAGAGGCAAGGUGUUUCUAUGGGUUCCAGAUAGCCAUAGAGAACAUCCACUCUGAGAUGUACAGUCUACUCAUAGACACGUACAUCAAGGACAAGGCUGAGAAAGAGUACCUCUUCAAUGCCGUUGAAACUAUGCCGUGUGUCAAGAGAAAGGCAGACUGGGCGCUAAAGUGGAUCAACUCAAAGACGGCCAGUUUCGGAGAGCGCAUCAUUGCAUUUGCAGCGGUUGAGGGAAUCUUCUUCUCUGGUUCGUUUGCCGCCAUCUUCUGGCUCAAGAAGAGGGGUCUAAUGCCAGGGUUGACCUUCUCCAACGAGCUGAUCAGCAGAGACGAGGGUCUACACUGUGACUUUGCCUGUCUCCUGUUCACCAAGCUGGUCCACAAGCCUUCACCACAGAGGAUCAGGGACAUCAUCACUGACGCCGUCACCAUUGAACAAGAGAUGUACAAGGUUGAGAAUCCAUUUGACUUUAUGGAGAACAUAUCACUGGAGGGAAAGACCAACUUCUUUGAGAAGAGGGUCGGAGAGUACCAGAAGACGGGAGUCAUGUCCGACAAAUCAGAGCACGUCUUCACACUCAACGCAGACUUCUGAGAUCUCCUCUUCCAACCUCUUCACCACUCUUGUCCUCUUUUCUCUCUCUCUCUCUCUCACACAACACAACAUACAAAUUGUACAGUGUUUCAGCAGGCGUGCAGUGUUUGCAUGUUCAGAAUUCAUCAACAUGCAAGUAUUUUUUAAUACUCUCCUGUAUAAUUGCUCUAUUUAUACUCAAUUUGUCAGCCGUGGCAAGAUGUAUUUGUGCGUAGAUUAUCAAUUUUGCCACGUCAACUUGAACUACAACUUUGCUCCAGCGUUCUGACAAAACAUCAACUAUUAUAAUAUAGCUCUCAGAUUUCUGGCAUUUUACGUACACACUGCACAGACGUGUCAUACUAUUAUAGAAAGCUAAAAGUCUGGUCUCAUAAUUUAAUGGUUGUAAGAGUCAGUGGUAGAGUAUAAGAGUACAGUUAUUACAUCCAUGAGGCGGCGGGGUACCAAGCGUGUGAGAGACAGUCUCAAAGACCGAGCUUUGUUCUUCGCCACAUUCUCCUCUUGGAGUUGUAGCGGAUGGUGUUGCCGGUUUUCAUUCGUAUCCACUGUGGGAUGGAGCGGUUCUGUCGCUGCUUCUUGGCCAGGACUCGCUUGAUUUUGAAGGUCUUGUGAGCCGCCAUUAUAUCACACGCCGGUCGAACUUUACGUGUCAGCACGC